AUGGAAGUGGAAACUCAGAAUUUAACCUAGGAGGAACUUGAACUCUUCAAACAGCUCAAAUUGAAAGAACAAGAAUUGGAGUAUUUAGACAUAUAAGAAUAAUAUUUGAAAGAUGAUCAAAAAAGAUUGAAAAGAGAAUUAGUGAGAAGCAGAGAAGAAUUAAAAAGAAUCUAGGCAGUCCCCUUAACAGUUGGUCAUUUUAAUGAAAUGAUGAAUGAGAAUUAUGCUUUGAUAAAUUCAAAUGGUGGAGCUACUCUCUAUGUCAGAGUGCUCAGCACCUUGGACAGAGAAAAAUUGAAACCCAAUACCUCAAUUGCUUUACAUAGACAUUCACAUAGUGUUGUUGAUAUUUUGCCGACAGAAACAGAUUCUUCAAUUCAAAUGAUGCAUGUAACAGAAAAACCUGAUGUAAGCUAUUAAGACAUUGGUGGUUUGGAUUAAUAGAAGUAAGAAAUCAAAGAAGCUAUUGAAUUGCCUCUGUCUUGUCCUGAAUUAUAUAGACAAAUUGGUAUUGAUCCACCAAGAGGUGUCUUACUGUAUGGCCCUCCUGGUACUGGAAAGACAAUGAUAGCCAAAGCUGUUGCUCAUCAUACCACUGCAUCCUUUAUUAGAGUUGUCGGAUCAGAAUUCGUAUAGAAAUAUUUGGGAGAAGGACCUAGAAUGGUUAGAGAUGUUUUCAGAUUGGCAAGAGAGAAUGCCCCAAGCAUCAUAUUCAUUGAUGAAGUCGAUUCUAUUGCAACAAAACGUUUUGAUGCACAAACAGGAGCUGAUAGAGAAGUCUAAAGAAUUCUUAUUGAAUUACUCAAUCAAAUGGACGGUUUCGAUUAAAGUACUAAUGUUAAAGUGAUCAUGGCUACCAAUAGGCCUGAUACUCUUGAUCCAGCACUUCUCAGACCUGGACGUCUUGAUAGGAAGAUUGAAUUCCCUCUCCCUGACAGAAGAUAAAAGCGAUUGAUAUUCUAAACCGUUACAUCAAAAAUGAAUUUAUCAGAGGAAGUUGAUUUGGAGGCUUUCAUCAACAGACCUGAUAAGAUUAGUAAUGCUGACAUUGCUGCCAUCUGUUAAGAAGCUGGAAUGCAGGCUGUAAGGAAGAACAGGUAUGUUGUCAUACAGAAGGACUUCGAUAAAGCCUACAAAAUUGUAGUUAGGAAAACUGAGAAAGAGUUUAAUUUUUACAAAUGAAUUAUAUAAUAUAGAUAUAUGUAUACAAUUUAUCUAAUC